AUGUCAAAUAAUAUAACUGUUGAUGAUUUGAGAAAUUUAAUUAAUGCUAAAAUUUAUUCAAAUCGUUCCCUUGUUUUAAUUGGUUUAAAAAAAAUUUUAGAUUUUUUUAUGGAUUGUGAGAUACGCUUUUAUGAAAAUUUAGGAAGUUCUUCAGUAUUAUUAUCUUAUUUUAAUACGGAAGUUCCAUGUAAAGAAAUUUUUGAACUUUGGAUGUAUUUUCAUCAGAACAAUGAUUUUCCUAUUGUUUCUCUUAUUUUGGAAAUAUUGAUUUUUGUAAUACGAAUUAUUGGAUUACUAGGUAGUUAUACAACAGGCAAUAAGAUUAUUAAAAGAAUUUUGGAUUUUCAUAUUAAAUCUAUUUAUCGUAAUUUGUCCUCCAAUAUAGAUAUUUUGGUUAUCGGGACUUUAAGACUUUUAAUUGAAAUGUCAUGCUUUAAUUUAGGGUCUUUUGUUUUAGAGAUUUUUAAAUCUUUUGAUUUCUCGCAUAAGGUUAUUUCUAAAAUAAUGAAGAAUUUUUCUAAGGUUUCAAUUAAUACAUCUUCACGAAUUAAUGCACGGUUUUUGGCUUUUGAGACACCUAGAACUUUUAUGAUUAGGUUUAUAUUUUGUUUUUUGGAAUUUGGCCCCAUUUCUUUGAAAUUAGAACUUUUUGGUUAUAAAAAUAUUUUUUAUGAUAUCUUUUCUGGUCUUGUUAAAGAUGAUCUAAGUUUCAUGCAAAAGGUGUUAGAUAUUAUUCUUCAAUUUGUUAUUUUUGAGAAAGGUAUACCUCGUAGUAUAAAAAUGUCGAUAUUUAAUGAGAAUGUUUUGAAUGAAUUAAUUGCUUUAUAUUCUGAGACGGAUGAUGGAAUCUCACGAUCUAUGGCUAUACAUAAUUUUUUGAUAUUAUUAUGUACUAAACAUGGAAUGGGUAUAUGCUUUGAAUGCAAUGGAUGGUAUCCAAAAUUGGAAACUGAUUUUAAAAAAAAUAAGAGUCUUUUAAUAUACAAUAAAAAUUUAUCAUCUUUUAUAUUUAAACUCAAAAUAACUCAGGAUAUUCUUCAACAGGAAUUGUUUUUAAAGAUAUGUCAGGCGUGCCCUGAAUUGAUUGCAUAUUGCGCGCCACAAUUUAGUCUCAAUAUUCGUUUUGAACCUCAUUUAACAAUAUCUUGGUUAAGUAUAUCUUCUGUAUAUCAGUCUCUUGUUCUUUUACCUAUCCCACUCAUGACUUUUUCUUCUAUUUCUUCUGAAUUAAUUCUUACUACUAUUUUAGAAAAUAUUAUUCCUUCAGCAUUAACAAAGGUAUCGCUUAGUUCAGGAUUGAAAUAUAAUAGUGAUUUGGUUGUAUUUUUUACGGCAAAUUUGAUUUUGUCUUCAAUAAAUAAAUAUCGUCAAAUAAUGACUAUAUUGGAUAAAAAAAAUGAUUUUAAUAUGAAGACUUUUGAAUGGAAAAAAAAUCGAUUAUUGUUAAGAAAAAUGUUUUUAAAACGUUUGCCUGAUAUUCGUGUUAUUUUUUUUGUAUUCAAGUCAGUUUGGGGAAAAUCUAGUAAUCUUUUAAAAUUUUCUGUGAUAAAACUUUUUGUAUAUUAUAUGGAAACCUUUCCUGAAAUUAUUUUUUUUGGAAAAUAUGAUUAUUCAUCAAUUUUGAUAAAAGGUUUUUCUGAAAUAUCGGAAGAAGCUUCAUAUGGUUCUCUUAUUCUUUAUUAUUUAUUUCGUAUAUCUUAUAGAUUUCUUCCAAUAUCUAAAUGGUGGAAUAAAAAUCAAGAAUUCUCGGAGACUAUAUUUACUACUUUAGUCAAAUUUUAUCUUUCUUCAAGAAAUAAUGAGUUUAGAAAUGAAUAUAAAAAUCUUAUCUCAUCUUUGUUGAUAUCUUCAAAUGCAUUUUCUAUUGCACUACGUAUGGAUUCUGCAGAAUUGAUAUUAAAAACUUUAGAUGAUGUAAAAUGCUUUACUAGUAGGGUUAAUAUUAUAGUUGAUUUUUUAGGUGAUAGCCUGAUGCUUUAUAUGAAUUCUCCUUACAAAUACAUGGAUUAUUUGGUCUCUUUUAUUUUUGAUUAUAAAUUGGAAAUUAACGGGAGAUUUCCUAGUUUAGUGUUAAUUGUAUUAAUAGAGCAAUGGGAUUAUUUUUUUAAAUAUUCUAUGUCUUCUGAUGAUGAUAAAUUUUUGAUUGCGUCAUGGUUGUCUAGAGUUCUUGGAUUUUUUACUUUGAAUGAAGAUAUUUGGGAAAUUUCAAAAAAAAUAUCUUGGAAAUUAACGAAAUCAAUGGAAGAACGAUCAUUUGAGAUUGCUUGUAUAUUUAAUGAAACAAAAUUAUAUACAGAGUUUUUAGAAAAAUCAUUUUUAACUGGAGUUUGCUCAAAAGGCUCCAGUUUUUGUUUAGUUACUAAAAAGUUUCAAAAUAUUUCUUUUGUGAAUUAUAAAUAUUCAUGUGUUUCUUUAUCUGAUAAUUUUAUUUUAAUUGAUUUUAUUUUGCAUGGAGGAAUAUCACAGUUAUACAUUCAUUUUGAUAAUAUAAUACAUUAUAUCCGAUAUAAAUAUAUUAAUGUUUGUUUAUUGGAUGUCAUUGUUCUGAAGAUGAUGAUUUAUGUCCUUUUUUUUGAUAAUAGGGAAAUUAUAUAUGAUUUUAAUGAUGUUAUUUUAAAAUAUUUUAAAAUAAUUAGAUCUAUUGGUGAUGUUUUAAGGGACACUAAAGAUUAUGAUAGAUUUAGGGAAAUUAUAAUUGAAAAAAACAGAUGGCUUGACAAUUAUUUAAAUUUUGGAUCUAAUUUCAGUUCGUUUAAAAUACGGAUUUUUUCAAAGGAAUUUAUAUAUCUCGUUAUAGACUUUAUAGAACCAUUGGACUCAUGUUUAUUAUUUGAAAUUAUGAAUAAAACAUAUGAGAAUUUUAUAGAAGUACUAACUGAUGAUUCAAUAAGAAUUCUAUCUUUAUCUUCUGAUGAGUGGAAUGAAAUUUUUUUAUUAUUAGAGCCAUAUUGGUCAAAAGAUCGGUUUUCUGAAAUAUGGGCAGAAGUUGUGAAGAGAUAUAUACAACAAAUACAUGCUUUUGGUGAUACACGUUCUGAUAUCUUAGAUUUUUUUACUCUUGUUUUUGGUCGAUUUUUCACUGUGAACAAUAUUGAAAUUGUUACAAUUUCUGAUUUCGUUUUAAUUUUAAAUACAGGACUAAAAAACGGAUAUUCUUUGAAUCAUAUAUUUGAGCUUUUAAUAGCUAAAAUUUUUUCUUUACCUGAUGAUUCUAUUUUUACUUUCUAUGAGUUUAUAGGUAAUGUGUUUUUUUUAAUAUUUCAAAAUACGGAAAAUAUCUUCUUUUCAGACUUGGUCAGUAAAAUUUGUUCUAAAUCUUCUGUUUUUCUUGAAAUUAUGACUGAAAAAGUAUGUGAAAUAGUAAAGAAGUAUGAAAAUAUUUCUACUUUUUCGCCUUUUUUUUUUCCUAAUUUAUUAUGUUUUAUUAAUGCAUAUAUUUUAUGGAAAGAUUAUUCAUUACAGAAAAAAAAACUUAUAACAGAUAAAUUAAAUCAUCAUUUUGUAUUUUUGUUGCAGUUUAUUAAGGAUGAUUUAUUAAACGGGUUUCUUGAUCAAAAUGAAAAGGGUUUUAUAUUAUUCCAGAUUUUGUAUCAAAGUAUAAAACUAAAUUUGUUAUUUGAAGAUGGGAAAAAUAUUCUUGAUAAAUUAUGUAUAGGUUAUAAUAAUAUAAUUUUAAGUAAAAGAUCUGUUGAAAUGAUAGAACUUGUGGCUUAUAGGUAUGGAAAUGAGAUUGUUGAAAAAUAUAUAGGAAUUUGGUUUAAUAAUAUUAUAAAAUUAUUGAUAGAAUAUUUUUCGGAUGAUAUAAAGCUUUCUGAUGAUUGUCUUGGUUUUAUGGAAUCUUUUGCUAAUUAUCUCAAAUCAUCGGGGAAAAUGUUAUCGAAAUAUGUCUCGCAGAGUCUUUUGAUUCUUUUAAUAAAAUUUGGACUUAAAAACCAUAUACUAUUAUAUAAUGUAGUUAAAUUUAUUUAUUAUGUUGUUAAGGAGUUUAAACAUAAUAUAGAAGAUUCUACAUUAUUUGUAUCGCUAAUUUUGUCUAGUAGUAGCAAUUGGAAUGAUAUAAAUACCAACUCUGCUAUUUUUUUUGAGCAUAGAUUAAUUAUUGUUCAAUUACUUCAUUAUUUAAUUUGUAAUUUGUCUACUCAUAUAUCUUUAUAUAUAAUUGAAAGUAUUUAUAAUGUCUAUACAGGUACUACGAAUGCUGUUGAUGUGAUUUUAUUGGAUAUCUUGCAAAAAUAUGAGGAAUUUGUUCGACAUAAUUUUUUUAAUAAAAAAAUUAUUCUUAAUAUUCAAUCUGAGACCAAGAAAAAUAUACCGCUUGAAAUUUCUUUUGAUACGGAUGACAUUACUGUUUUUUUAUCUUCUGAGAUUCUUAAAAAAAGCAUAUAUUCUUUUCCUAUUAUGAAAGAAUCUUUAUUGGAUUUUUCUCAAAUAUAUAAGGAUGAUUUAUGGUUAUAUUGCGAUGUAAUUGAAAAUGUAUAUGAUUUUUCUUUUUUUCUUCCUCUUGUUCUGGCAUAUCUUAUUUCUAAUGAACAUAUUUUAAUUAAGUUUUUGAUUGAUUCUAAUAUAUUAGGAUAUGUUUUGAUAUCUUUAUCUUCUGAUGAUAGAACCAUAAGAAAAAUGGCGUUAACUGUACUUUCUAUGUUUGAAAAUAAGAUUAUUUGUUUCUCUGAAAAAAAUCAAAUAUUGAUGUUUUUUCAACUACUGAAGUCAUCUAUAAGUCUUUCUGGUAUGGAAUUGGAACCUAUUCCCUAUGUUGUUUCCCUUUUUAUGGCGUUAUCUAUACAAAUAAUAAUUAAUCCUUCUCAUUUUUUGUUUGAUGAAGUUUGUCGUUUUUACUUACAAAGAUCAAAACUUGAUUUCCAUGAUAUUCCUAUAUUUUUUAGUCUUUGGAAUUCGUCGAGUGAUUACUAUAAGCAAAGUAAUUGGCUAAUGUCGUUUUUAAGUUCUGGUUUAAGGACUCUAUCGGAUUAUAAUAUAUAUAAGAAGAGACAUAUUUUUGAACUUUUGUGUUGUUUAUUCUCUUCUGAAAUUGUUACUAAUGAUAUUCGUUUUAAAAUUAUUAAACUUUUUUGGUUUGCUUCAAAUAUAUAUGAAGUUAAUGUUUCUUUGGUCCGUGAUUAUGGCAUACUUUCUUGGAUUGAUCAACAAAUUGCUAUUUGUAAAGAUGGAACGCUGAAAAUAAUGUUAGAACGAUUGUUUUUACGUUUUCAUCAUUCAAGGUUAAGUAAUCUAUAUAAAUAUAAGUUGAAUUUAUCAAGAGAAAAAAAAAAAUUGUAA